AUGGAUACUGAAAAAAUAAGAAGAUCACAGAUCGAGAUACCAUUAUCUUCGAAACCCCCACCCUACAGGCCUGGCGACGGUCCACCAUUAGCGCCUCUCAGAAUUCAACCCGAACAUGAUACAGACGCGUUUAUAAUUGACAAGCGUGUUCUUCCAGGCACCACUCCAAAUGGUGAGCUGAAGCUUCACAUGUACUACGUAGUAGGAUGGCCAGAUCUACCUGCCGCCCGCGUCUCUAUCCUUGCGACCCAGAUAUACGAUUACGUCUCACCUCGGGCUGUGGAAGACUUCGAAUAUAAAGCACUACUUGAAAGAGACGAGGAGGAUGAAAGACUUGAAGCGGAAACGAGGAGAAAGAUGGAAAUGGCAGCAAAGAAUAAAAUAAUGACUUCUACUUCAACAGCACCAAGAACUCCAAACGCAGCCAAUCAGAAAAGACGUGGUCGACCCAGCAAAGCCGAUCUCCAGUCGCGUCAGCUUGUACGACAGGCAAGUCUUCACACUUCGGGGAAUAUUGAGGUAGCGCUUCCCCUAGCCAGUACAUCCGGACCAUCACUCUCUACACCGAAAAAAAAGCCGGCCGGAAAGAUUGCGACCGAUAUAGAGGAGGAUAUUGAUGAGGUGGAUCAGGAGGAUGCAAUAUACAGACAAUUAUGUGGGUACAAUGAUGGCUCUUUUGAGGAUAUGGACAUAGAAGACGACAAGGGGAAUGGAGAUAUACCACUAGAUAAUAUUCCCGAAACUGUGUCGUUGGGUUCCGAAUUCAGAUCGUAUGCUAGAGCACUUUGGCUAAACAAGGAUUCGACGUUCAAGCACACUAAUGGUAGUCUUACACUGAAGUCAUCGACAAGCCAUGUCCCCGUACCCGAAGUACCCCGAUCCAAUAGACAACUCCCACCACAAUCCUCACCCACACGAACCGACAGCCAUCCCCGCGUAACACCCGUCCCAGUCCCUCUACCAUUCAAAAUAAAUAAAAGAAUGACUUCGUCGCAAUUAUCCGGUGCAAAGUACUCUACGACGCCAGUUCCUGUUCCCACACCGCUGAGGCCGAACAAAGAAGUACUACAACCAAAACCUGAUACCAAACAUCGUGUUACUCCAGUCCCAGUCCCGAUCCCUUCGUGGUCACGCUCAACGAAUAGGAAAGGAGAUAGUUCUACUCAAGCUCCCCUCCCACAGCUUGCAACAGCUUCGCCGCAGUAUCACGGCUUCACACCCGCAGGGCGAAGUUCCGGCAAAUGGCCGUCGGCACAAGCCCAUUCACCAAGCGAUAUACCCUCCCAAGUAUCUCCACUUAAUGAGAAAAAUAGCGGUACAAAUCAUAAAGAAUCCACACACUUGAAGAAGAAGCCGCCUAAACCAAAGCCUACGCCUCAAAAGCUAGAGGAACAACCUCAAGUAUGGGUGGUAGAGCGACUAGAAGGUGACAAGAUGAUAAAUGUCGAUGGUAAACACGUGCGGUACUUUAAGGUACGCUGGGAGGGUGAUUGGCCACCGGAUCAAAACCCAACCUGGGAGCCAGAAGAGAAUAUAACGCCCGCACUCAUAAAACUGUAUCUGAAAAAGAAAGCCGCCCGCCACACGCCAGCGUCUCCGAAAAGGAAGAAUAACAAUAAUGUCCCCAGCAACAUGCCGUCACUCCGCCAAUCAACUCUCAAGAGAAAGUAUUCGAGCGUGGCGGAAGCGUUUGCAGGAGAAGGGGAGGAUCUAGGGGAGAUAGGGAUUAGCGCGGGCCAGAGUGAUGGAUCGUAUACCAGCCAGGGAGGCGACUAUGAUAACGCUGAUGAAGAUUAUGGGGAAGAGGAAAUGCUCGUUGUAGCAGAAGAGCAGGAGGCGAGCCCUAGUAGGCGGAAUCCAAGACUAAGACCAAAGCCCGAAGAGUUAGGUGCGGCCUUUAUGAGAGAUCUCGCCGCAGCUAUUCGUCUCGGUAAUGAAAAUGGAGGUUUACACUAA